CAGCGUGCAAGAGGGAGAGCGAUGCACCCGACCGCCCGGUGACCCUGUCGCCGACACCCGCACAAUAUGUCGUGGGACUCUAUCGAGUCACGUGACUUUCUCGGCGGAGUGCCGGCGCAUCAGUUAUCAGCCACACGUCUUCUCAGUUCACCAGAUCCGUCGAGACACCAUCUCGAUGAGACGCAAGAAGUAUAUCCAUUUUCGGAGGAAUACCCAGGUCCGGCUUCGGCCAGGAAUGGCGCGUUGCGCUGGGGCGCGAGGUUCGGUCCGGCCCACCGACCCCCGGCCUCUGGGCUGCUGGACUGCUUCCGAGUUUGCAGGUCUAGACUCGACCAGUACCUGGCCAGGCGGAAGAUUGAACGCGGGGUCCGUCUGUACGGCCAGAACGAGCAGCGCCAGGCCGUCAAGGUAUGGCUGUCAGCGUUGCGCGGCGUCAGGCACAGAAACGACAAGUUCGCCCUCUUAGGACAUCUGUACCAGGCGUACAUGGACUUUGGGAAGUACAGAGAAUCGUUGGAGUUCGCAAACAGACAACUAGGUAUUUCCGAAGAGCUGGACUCUGCUCCGAUGCGUGCCGAGGCGUAUCUCAACUUGGCGAGGGCUCAUCAAACCCUGGGCGGGCUGGACAGAGCUCUCUCGUACGCCCGCCACGCUCUGUACAACGACUGCGGCGGCGGCUCCACGGCCGGCUACGUCCACCUCACCGUGGCCUCCGUGAGCUUAGAGCUCGGAGCUUUCUCCAAAGCCAUGGACGGCUUCCAGAAAGCUCUUGCAGUGGCGCAGGCGCAGAACGACAACACGCUAUUGCUACAGGUGUACGUGGGUCUGUCUGAGCUGUGGCGGCGGCUGCGGGACGCGGAGCGCGCGGUGGCGUGCGCGGCGCGGGCCUGCGACCUGGGCCGGGGGCCGCGCGCCGCCGACCUCAACACGCGCCACCACCGCACGGCGCUGCUGCAGAUGGCGGCCGCACUGCGCGCCCGCGGCGAGCUCGGAGACGCGCACGACUACUGCAACGAGGCGCUGCGGCUGGCGGCGGUGGCCGGGGACCAGGGCUGCUACGCGCGCGCCGUCCGCAUCGCAGGCGACGUCUACCGACGGAAGUGCGACGUCGGCAAAGCUCUCAGGCACUAUGAAGUGGCCAUGGGCGCGGGCCAGGCCUUAGGCGACCGUCUGGCCCAGAUGGAGGCCAUGGACGGCGCCGCGCGCUGCUUAGAGGCUCUGCGUCUACAGAACAGGAUCUGCAACUGUCGUCCGCUCGAGUUUAACACGAGAUUACUGGAAGUCGCCACUUCCGUCGGAGCCAAGAUGCUGGUACGACGGGUUCGGCUCCGCCUAGCCGAGAUCUACACCGCGUUGGGCGACAACAAGGCCGCAGCGAGACAGAAGAGAGCUGCGGCCGCCUGGGGAGCCCCGGCCUGCGCCCGAUGCAGGGAGCCACUGGCGGAGCAGCCCGAGCCGCUGGCGGCGUUGCCGUGCGCGCACAUCGUGCACCACGCAUGCAUGCCGGAGUCGUGGUCGCGGCGGUCGACGCUGCGCGCGGGGGCGGCGCGGAGUGUGCGGAGUGCGCCUCGCCCCGCGCCGCGCGUCCCCCGCCGCCCGCCCCUCCCGCGCCCCGCACGCUCCCCACACAGGACUUUCCGUUCGGUACGCCACCGACCCUUCGCGAAUCCGACCUGAACUCCGUACUGUCGGACCACAGCAGCCAACAGGCGACAUCUAGUGUUUAAACUUGGAAUUAUCCAGCGCUACAGCGGCCAUUUUGCUGACGGAUCCUUUAUGGCGUAGGUGGUGGUAGGGACCUUGGGUUUUAAUUCAACUGCCCCACCCUUCAAACCUGUUUUUUGCGGCAGAAAAACCCCCAUAACAGUAAAUACCGGUUAAAGAGUACCCUGGUGUAAUAAUCGGAUAACUUUACCGCCCAUUUUCCGGUGAAUGCCUCCCUAUAACGACACCCAUUCGAAGAAGUGGGGAGUAGUAUCCAAAGUCAUCAUACGGCCAGAACCCAAUUUCACACAAGACAAAUCUGAUCUAUUUGUGGAUUGUGCAUCUAUUGUGCGGUUGGUGCAUCUCAGAUUAAAAGACAUUGAUUAUGAACGUGGAA